GGCGAGUCGAUCGGGCGCGGCCAGUUCGGGUCGGUGUACCGCGCGCUCAACCUCAGCAGCGGCCAGGUCGUCGCCGUCAAGCGCAUCCUGCUCGAGGGCAAGACCGAGCACGAGAUCGAGGAGCUGAGCGGCGAGGUCAAGCUCCUUCGGCGGCUGUCGCAUCCCGCAAUUGUCCAUUACCACGGCGCGGUGCGCACGGAGCACUACCUCAACAUCAUCCUCGAAUACGGCGAGUCGGGCUCGCUCGAGAAGACGAUCAAGCAGUUCGGCCAGCUUCCCGAGCUCCUCGUCGCGAGCUACACGGCCAAGAUCCUCGAGGGCCUCGCCUACCUUCAUGGACAAGGUGUCGUGCACUGCGACCUCAAGGCGGCCAACAUCCUCGGGACCAAGAACGGCAACAUCAAGCUGUCCGACUUUGGCGUCUCGCUAAACCUGCACGCGAUCAAGGCGACUCGCGGCUUCCACACGUCGACCAAGGAGGCCAACGGCACGCCCAACUGGAUGGCGCCCGAGGUCAUCUCGCUCAAGGGAGCGCUCCCCGCGUCCGAUAUCUGGAGCCUCGGCGCGACCAUCAUCGAGCUCAUCGACGGCGUGCCUCCUUACGCCGGCCUCGUCGCCAUGUCGGCCAUGUUCCGCAUCGUCGAGGACCCGGACGGCCCGCCUAUCCCGGAGCGCUGUUCGCCCGAGCUCGAGGCGUUUCUCAAGCGGUGCUUCAAGAAGGACCCGAGCGAGCGCCCGACGGCCGAGGAGCUGUCGACGGACCCGUGGUUG